CCCGGAUGGACACGUGGUCUCUUCCAUUUUGCUCAAGCAUUCGAACGCACAAGACUGAAUUUAGGCUACAGUUUCAUUUUCAUCUAAAACAUGAGUGACGAAGUUGCUGCGAUUGUUAUUGAUAAUGGAUCAGGAAUGUGCAAAGCUGGAUUUGCCGGUGAUGAUGCUCCUCGAGCUGUUUUUCCAUCCAUUGUUGGGCGUCCAAGACAUCAGGGUGUGAUGGUCGGUAUGGGCCAGAAGGACAGCUAUGUGGGAGACGAAGCCCAGAGCAAACGAGGUAUCCUUACUCUGCGGUACCCCAUUGAACACGGAAUCGUCACCAACUGGGACGACAUGGAAAAAAUAUGGCACCACACCUUCUAUAACGAGUUGCGGGUGGCACCGGAAGAGCACCCAGCGCUACUGACCGAAGCACCGCUGAACCCCAAAGCCAAUCGGGAGAAGAUGACGCAGAUCAUGUUCGAGACCUUCAACUCCCCGGCCAUGUACGUGGGUAUCCAGGCCGUCCUGUCUCUGUACGCCUCGGGAAGGACCACGGGGAUCGUCAUGGACUCUGGGGACGGGGUCUCCCACACCGUGCCCAUCUACGAGGGGUACGCCCUGCCCCACGCCAUCCUACGUUUGGACUUGGCUGGACGAGAUUUGACUGGAUACCUGGUGAAAAUUCUGACGGAGCGCGGGUACUCUUUCACAACGACAGCCGAGAGGGAAAUCGUCCGCGACAUCAAGGAAAAGCUAUGUUACGUGGCUCUGGACUUUGAGCAAGAAAUGGUGACCGCUGCCUCGACUUCGUCCUUGGAGAAAAGCUAUGAGCUUCCCGACGGACAAGUCAUCACCAUUGGCAACGAGAGAUUCCGCUGUCCGGAGGCUUUCUACCAGCCAGCGUUCUUGGGAAUGGAAGCAUCAGGAAUCCACGAGACGGCUUAUAACUCCAUUAUGAAGUGUGACGUCGACAUCAGACGAGACCUGUACGCCAACACGGUGCUUUCCGGCGGGUCCACCAUGUUCCCGGGAAUGGCCGACCGCAUGCAGAAGGAGAUGACCGCGCUAGCCCCCAGCACCAUGAAGAUCAAAAUCAUCGCUCCCCCCGAGAGGAAGUACUCCGUCUGGAUCGGCGGAUCCAUUCUUUCCUCCCUCUCCACCUUCCAGCAGAUGUGGAUCAGCAAACAGGAGUAUGACGAGAGUGGACCCAGCGUCGUUCACAGGAAGUGUUUCUAAGUGACUGUGUCUAAGGCAGACUGUAAUUCAUUGGUAGCUUGUUUCAUUGUGAUUAUAUGUUCGUUAAAACCAAUGUAUUAUAUCCUUGUGAUUGUGUUGUAAACUUGUCAAUGCAUGCAUCAAACGAAAGAUAUUAAAAGAAAUUAAAAUGGUA